GAACAUACUGUCUAGACAAAUUUGAUGAUUUUUAGCUUUGGGAGCAAUUAUCAAAUAUCUUAAGGAACAAAGUCGGGAUUUACUCUAUAUUAUGAAGUCAAAAGUCCGAUUUAAAACUUAAUAUAUGAAUAAUUGUUUCAAUUUGGUAUUUGGUGAUUGAAAUGGCGUCCUCUUUCUUACCAAAAAUGUUUACCCGAAGCACAGGAAUGAAGAUGUUUCGACAGUGCAGAACAACUGCGUCAUCAUCUGAUAAAGUUAUAAAUGGGCCUCGUCUGGAAAGUAAUAUAUCUCGGUAAGUGUUAUUGCUAUGUUUAUACAAAUAUGUGAUUAUUGUUGACGUUUGUACAUUUGUGAUAUGUAUAUUUAUAAUUACCAUAAGUAUUCCUGUGGAGCAGUUGCAUCAAACACUGUGUAGCGAGAGCCUUAUCACAGAUUAAAUAAUACAUAUAUGAAUUUAAUCUGUGGCCUUAUUUUUUGAGGGGGUGAGGGUGAAGGCGUGAGAGUGGCUAGGGGGGAUUUUGAAAUCUAGAGUCCCUAAAGCCCCGUUUACACUACGCUCAAUUUUUGGUACCGUACCACUUUUUGGUUCUUGGACUACCUAAAUAGGUAAUCCAAGAACCAAAAAAGUGAUACGGGUACCAAUUUUAUCCGUGCCGUACCAAAAAUUGAGCGUAGUGUAAACAGGGCUUAAGAUGCGAUUUCAAGCAGUUUUGGGGUGAAUUUUGCAUAAUUCCAAAGAUUGUAAAGUAUGUCAAAGACAUGAUUUUUUACCAGAUAAUAUUUCUCCUCAGAACUAAAUGAAUUGGAAAAGUCACCUUGGAAAACUGGAGGAGAGGUCUGUGUCACCUUUCCCUCUGUGGGGAAAAAAUCCAAAUGUGAUUUUGAUCGGAAAUUUUGCAUUUAGGUAAUUCUAGGUUCUACGAGAUGCCAUUUCUCACAUUCUCAAAAUUGCAUUAUUUUUCAUAAUGGAUUUAAUUUAGAUUUUCAACUGUUAAAUGGCAUGCAUGUAUGUCAUUCGCAUAUAGCAUGAAUAUUUCUUCUCAAACUUAUUCUGUAUCUUCUUCUUGCAACCUGCAACCAUAAUGUAUAUAAACACUUUAACAAGAUUUUACACAUCAAGCUCCUUCAGUAAAUUGUUAUUGUCGGUUGUCCUAGGUUGACACUUAGUCAGUUUUAGCUUUGAGAAUGUAACAUGUAUCCCCCCCCCCCCAAUUUCUUUAUGGAUUUUAAGACUUGAGAGAAUGGUUUCUGUAGUGAUUUUGCCUCGUUGCAUCCAGGGACGCCGGAACGAUUAUAAGGCAAAGGGGGGCGGACCCACAGCAAGGGCACUUCUCUAAAGCAAAACUUCAAAAUCUUCCGAAAUUUAUUUUUUCAGUGUACCAUUUUAGGGGUCAAAAAUUUUUUCCGGACAUACCAUAAGUGAAAUAUAAACUGUAAAUGUCUGAAUCUCAUAAUUUUCGGACAAAAACCAUCGUUCUAAAUGUGAUUUAUCACGUAAUUUUUUAAAACUAAAAGGGCACCCCUGCCCCCCCCCCUAGCAAAAGGCAGGGGGGGCAGCCGCCCCCCUGCCCCCCCAGUUCCGGCGUCCCUGGUUGCAUCCCUUGGCUAUGCCAGUGGUUACAUCUGUAGGUAUCUGUAAUCCAUUUGGUCCUAAUUCUCGCAUAAGCAAGUCAUGAUGAUGUGAAAGAGAUCAGCAUCUUUCUUGAGUGCUGUAUGUAAAUCAUUCUUUUCAAUUGAAAAUGUAAUAUCUAUAUGACAGGCCUUAAAAUAUCGGUCGGUCACGGACAUUGUCCGACCCAUUCGUGAAAUUGUCCGACGUAGAGAGGAAACUACCGGACAUUCUGUCCGACCUAAGUGAAACUGAGGUUUAUUGUUUGUCCGACCUGAGUGUAUUGGUGUCCGACCUAACUGUAGCUUUGUCCAACGUAAAUUAAAAUGUACCUCAGUCCAGCACUAGAGGCUUGUAUGUUAAAUAGAGAAUCAGAGUACUAUUGUAUAAAAGGUGAACUGGAAAUGUUGUUUUAACAUAGUCGAGCGCGGGGUGGCGAGUGAAAUGGUGAAGUGGAAACCGGGCUUAAGUUGUCGAAGUCUUUUUUAAUACUGCUGUUCUGGAAAGCAAGUUAAUUUUGGCUUGGAAAUGAGUAUGAAAGAAACAAAUUAUUUAAUAUUUAGACAACAUUUACUGUUCAGAAUUAAUACAUUGUGCUGAUAUUCAUUUGUGUCAUUCAGACUUAUUUCCGAGUCAAAACUGAACUGAAGGUCAUUGGACAUAUGUCCGACCCAAACUCAACGUCAUCGGACAUUUUGUCAGACGGCCCUGUAAAAGAUAUUUUAAGGCCUGUAUAUGAUGUUAUUUCUUUGCCACCUUGACAUGUUUGAGACUGUUAGGACAAAAUGGGAAAAGACUGUGAGGGAAAGACUGACUGUUUAACAAGACUGUUUAACGUUUCAGAACACUGUUCAAAGAUUUACCGUUAAAAUACCAAAAUGUUACUUAUUGUUACCAUUAAAAUACCAAACUUUUUACUGUUUACUGAUUUUCAGAUCCCCCCAGCUAGACCCUCUUACUAGAAUACCAAAAUACUAGAUAAUACCAGUAUACCUAAAAUUCCAGGUUACAUCAUUCUGAGUACUUUAUAAUCUUGGGUAAAUGUAGCAUACUUUAUACCUGUAUUUUUAAUAAACCUAUUGUAACAAAAAUUCUUUAUACCAAAAAUUAAAUGGUCUAAAGGUGAAGAUCCUAUUUCCCAGCCAUUUUUUAGACUAAAUCCCAGUCCCAACUGUUAACUUGAGAGAAAACCAGUGGGAAAGCUAGCCAAAGCAACAGGUCAUGCUAUGCAAAUUUUUGUAUAAAGGUUUUGUAAUUUGUAGAUGGAAAUUUUUAAGGUUAGGUCUAAUAAAUGUAUAAAAUUGACACUCGAAACUUCCACCUACAAAACCCUUCUAUAACUAGUUAUAUUGAGUGUAGAUCACUGCCCAAGAUUCUGAUAUUUAUCCACACACCUCACAUAUUGGCGUCACCUUAGUACUUAGUAUAUAUAUAUACACAUGAACAUGCAGCUCAACAAGUGGACUCUGCAACUAGAAUCGCAGGGCUACAAGUUUGAUUCCUGCCAGAAGGCCUAUAAUUGCAUUUUUCACAACUGCCCUGGGCGUAAAAAAAAUACCUGUGGUUCCGGUUUCAUAUCGUGAAAAAAUUAGGGUCGGUAGGUCAGAAAUAUUUUUUUUUUUUGAAUAUUUUUUUUAUGAUUUUGGCGGUUUUUUGUUGGGUGAUUUGCAGUAGAAUCCCGACAUCAAUAUUAACUAGAGAUGCCUAUUUCCUAUGGACGAAUUUAGGCAAUUUGGUUCAAUAAUUAGUGUGGCAACAGAUGCCAUUUUGGCACGCUAUAUGAGCGGCCCGCAACCACCUGGAGAAAAUAGGGUCGCACAGUCAAUCCCGUUGAAAAAAUAAUAGGGUCGGCAGAAAAAAAGUAGGGUCGGUCGGGAACCGGAACCACAGGUAUUUUUUUACGCCCUGUUAGGUCUAAUAUUUGUGUAAAUUUACACUUGAAAUUUCUGUUUACCAGACCCUUCAAGAAUUAGUUCUAGCUAUCGAGUGAGAUGCCCAAAAUCCCCAUAUUUACCUAUGUAAAUGUUUAAUGAUUUGUAUUAUAUUCAAUAUGAACCUUUAGAAUUGUAUUGUCUUUAAUCUAGUUAGAUGCAGGUUUAAUAAUAAAGAUACAGGGUAAAAUAAUAAAAUAGGGAUGCAAUGCAACUUAAUAAUUGGUUAAUGUACAAUAUAGCUAUUGCCUACUCCCUCCAAACAAUCACCCCUACUUCUGUCUCUGUGGGUGCUGUGCGCGCGUUGACACUUCAGGGAUGGAUCCAGCAUGACUAGUAGUGGGGUGCUCUGUCAGUCUGCGAGCUCUGGUGCCUGCCCAUCAACUUGCUUGACUAAUGCAAAAUCUUGCUCGACUACUGUAUUUGAAUUGUAAUUGUUGUUCACAGUUCGCUUAUCAUCAUGUUAUUAAGUACUCAAUUUGAAAUUACUGUAUCUCAUAUUGUCUCUUAAUAUUUUUUGCUUUACCAUGAAAAAUAGCACCUUCUGGCCCCCCUCUGGCCAGGGCUAGGGGGGGGGGGGGGGGUUGCCUUCCCCUCCAGUAAACCAUCCCGGUGACACUUCAGCCAAGAUGAAAUGAGCUUAGUAAUGAGCUUAGCUAAUCCAAAUAAGGUUGUCCUUUGAAAGUCAAAACUCAAAACCGCAAAACAUUGACCUCUAAGCGGGCAAAGUACAAUGGACGUGCAUGAAAUCGAAUACGAAUGUAAAUUUGCAGUUGUGUUUUGCAAAAUGCUACGAACGGAUAGAAGCCAAGAAAGAGACAUAAGUCCGUGUUUCGCGAAAUUAAAUAUAGACCCGGUUUAUUAGACGAAGUGAACAAAUUAACUUGUUCUCCCAGGGUGCGAUAAUUCGCGUACUUACGUAGCGGAGGUACGCCAAUAUCAUGGUCUGGUACUUUGUUUUCAGCCACAUACCACGUAGGUGCUAUCUGAGUACUUACAUUUAGCUGGUACCACAUGACCUUUCCAAGCCCAAGGUAUUCAAUACCAUCACUUAGUUGGUAUAUGUGUAAGUCUGGUAUGUCUUGGCAUGAAACAUGAUUGGACUGAUUGGACCUUUAGCGUAUAAGCCUUAAUGUGAACGAUUGCGCAAUUAAAAGAGAGGUUGUUUCCGAGAUUGCAAAAGUGUACUACCCAUACGCCAUGUCCUUCGUCCACGGUGGCGUUAGGCUGCUCGCAGGCCGUUGUCAGGCAGAGGCUGGGAGGAGGAACGGCCUGCGACCUUUAUUAGUAAAAAGUCGAUUUAUGCGUACGGAGCGUACGCAAAAUUCCCAUUGGUCAAAAGUGCCCCAUGAGUUAAUAUCGUGCAAAUAUUUAACUCGUACGAGUCACGACAUUUCGCAAUGUAAUUUUAAAGCUGGCAUUCAAUCAGUGGCGUAUAAAACCAUGACUUUGUUUAUCUCUUCGAAGAAGUAACUGAAUGUAUUUGAAAAACUUUCAAUUUAAAUUAACGUUGAAGGAUGAGCGAAGGUUAGCAAUAUUAACUGUACUUCAAACGGGAUUUCAUAAAAGUUUAAUACAUAUUGUCUUCGUCAGCUAUAAACCUUUUCCAAAGAAGUACAAGGGAAAACUUCGACGUAUGCCUUGCUGCUCUUUGCCAGGAGAGAGUAAAAUAAGUCUAGUUCAGGCUGACAAUUUAUCUAACCACGUUUGCAUCACUUGCAGCAGAAAUCUUUGAGACUUUUGUGUGUGCCCUUACCAAACCAUGUUUUCAAACGUUGAACAACUUAGCCCAGCGAGACGUUCAUUGAGACACAGGCAGUGAAUCAGCUAGUAUAAAGCAGUUGAUUGUCCAAUGCUUUCUGCCUCAACAAUCUGGUCUUGAAUAAGCCAAGACAAUGGGCAAAUUAUUAAAACAGACGCCGUCGAGGAAAGUCGUUCUUAGAACACCUGGCCAAUUUGAAUCAAUUUACACCUGGAAAUUCUGCAAUAGUCGUUUGCGUGUUCUUUGACCGAAGUCCGCUCUCUCUUUGAGACUUUCUUUUUGGGAGUCUCAACUAAUGACAUAUAUUAUUACAACAAGAGCUUUUUACAGAAAAAAUGUAGUUAUUCAGUAAACACGGCAGAAUCGAUGCCGCGGCCACGGGUUUUCAAAUUGUCUGUUGUCUAUUGAGUUAAUUGUAUUAUUGAGCAAAUGACAGACUUCACGCAAUAAUGAUUAAUGUUGUUUUUUAGCCUGCUAUUGUUCGACACUUUUAAUAAAUGGUGUUUGUUCAAAACCUAAAUACGUUUCCUUAAAUCUUACAGUUAUAUUUUGGAUAUAAAUGUGUAAAAUACAUUAACUAAUAGAGAAUAAAAUUUUAUAUAUUUAUAGUUACAGUUAUAUUUAGUAUAGUUACAUAAUUUAAAACGGCAAUGUAUACGAGCAAAGACAGCAAUAUACAAACGGGACUAUGUUUUAAAUAUUAGAACACUUUAGGGAAAAAACGACCAUGCAUUAUUUUAGAUUAAAGUUUAGACCUUGGAAUCCUAGUGUGAAAGAUACAGGCGUAAAAUUGUGCGAGAAACUGUUUGUUGUUGUUAAUAACCUCUGGUAAUCUAAUUAACAAAAUUUACUUUGAUUGGCUGCUAUUUACCGGAUAUUCAAUUAUCUCAAAGGGGGCGUAUUGAAAAAAUAUCAAUAAACGUCGCAGGCUCUAUAUAAUAGAGCCUGUGAGCAGGCUACGGUGGCGUUGGAAUGACAAUGGCGAAAAUAUGAGCACAACAUCGGGACCCUCGACUGCAUUCGGCUGGUCAAGGAGAUAAGAUCGAAGUGCCAUGGUUGCAAACGAUUCCGGAUGAAAGCGUUCCAAACACCACCGCAGGAAGAACUUCAGAGCAUGAGAUCCCACGGAACUGCGCCCUUCUAAGUGCUAGGAGAAGACUUUGCUGGUCCAAUUGAGGCUAUUGAGCACUAGGUCAAAGGCAAGAAAGAGAAGAAAGCUUAUCACUGUUUACAUGUAGCUUAUAUUUGUUUGCCAAGUUUGUAUGUUUUUUACAUACUGUACUUGAAAGAUUAAACGUAUAAAAGCCAGUGAUUUGUUGCGAAAACGUUCUUCUUUAAUUUAAAAGAAUUUCGAAUUCCAACAUCACAAAUCUCUCCCUUGGGCCGAGAGCCUCGUUCUCAUGAAUCGUGAGCAAACACACUUUUGUCUGAUUCAAGAGAGCACGGCUCCCAGAUCAAGGAAGUAUUUGUGACCCUCAAGUAACUUUCAAGUAAUCCCACCCCUCUAACCCCCCAUUUUCUAAAGGAAUUUUAGAAUUUAUUAAACCCCCUUUAUUAAACAGAGAGACUCUUAGAUUUAUCAACUGGUCUUGAAUUUGAAGUUAAUAUACUGCAUUUCACUGCUAAAUUAGUCAGCCUUCUCGACCUCUAUUAAUUUAAGCCCUCCCGGUGGACAGGAGCAACUUCCCCUUCCUUCCCCUCAAACUAAAACGGACUGAUUCGGUUUGUUUGACGUCACAAGUUCGGCUCGUCUAAACAACCGAUACCAUACAUUCUUAAAAUUCAUGUGCUAAUCUUCGCGUAUUAUCUCUCUGGUUUUUUUUUUUGUAAAAGAAAGAAACAUCAGCUAAAAGAGACAUCAGCUAAGAAAGAACAUGAAUUGAACGUAACAGAAAAUUCCCCAUCUUGGAUUAAUCAAUUAAACGUUCACGGUUACGCGGUUGUGCCGAAUGUCCUCGCUCCUCCGCAAUGCGACCACAUCAUCGACAAGGCGUGGGAAUGGCUAGCCGAACUGGGGACUGGUAUACAGCGAAAUGACUCGAGCACGUGGACGAACGACCGCUGGCCAAAACAUUUCAACGGCAUUAUUCAGAGAUAUCGUAUUGGGCAUGCGCCGUUUGUAUGGCAAGCCCGGACGAACUCAAAUGUGAUUGGUGUAUUCGAGAAAAUCUGGGGAACUAACGAACUGUUGACAAGUUUCGAUGCUAUGGGUAUUCUACGACCGGCUGUGAUGGUUACUGAUUUGGAACACACAUCAAGCUGGUUUCAUACUGAUCAGAGUCCAAAGAAGGAGGGCUUUCAUUGCGUACAAGGUGUUCUUAACUUAGAAGAGGUUUGUAGACUAAGCUAGACUAUAAGCUAAAUUCAUUGCUAAAACUUCGAGAUACUACUUGACACUCUGUGAGAAAAUCCCGAGAAGCUAGGACGACAUUGCUGAUUACCCACGGCUCACUGGACUCUUUAACUAAAGCGAAAGCUAUCAAUUUAAAUUCUAAAUAAUUGAAUAUGAACUAUAUGGUAUAAUGUCUUCAAAGGGACUGCGCAUCAACGUCUUUCCCAGGGCCUUUAUCCCUUUUUCCCAAUGUCAAAAAGAGUAAAAGCCCCUUGGAACAAGGUCGAUAGUUUAUUAUUUUCAUACCUCGCGGUGCCAACGAAGAUAUAUUAAUAGGCUAUGGGUAAUUCAUUUUUCCAUCUAGAAUUUAGUAAAGGUUUGCUAAGUAAACAAAACUAGUGUUUUUAAUAUUUAAUUUUUUAAUUUCUCUUCAGAUUUCAGGGACAAACUGAGGUAUAAAUACUGUAAUGAACGGUUCGUAAUUCAGAUAUUUAGCAAAGACUUGUAAGGCAAACGACUGCAAUGCCAAACAUCAGGCAAAACUCUGGCAAACAUUUAUGGCAAAACUAGCAAAACUGGCAAACAGCUAUGGCAAAACAGCAAAAGACGUAAUAAUAAGGCUAAUUAUAGUAGCAAUAGGAGUUUGCCAUUACAAUUCUGCCAAGGCAGACCUCCGGCACCUGUCACACUGAUAAUCAUUGGGAAAAAAGGACGCAUUCUAUAGUAGUCUAUAGAUUGUAUCCCAUAAACCAUGACACACGUGCCAAAACAUAUAAAAUAUAGAAAAUAUAGAAAAAAAUGAAUAGAACCCGAGUAUCAACAAACAUUAAUCAGGGUGGGGAAAGAUCGAAGGGGUAACAGAGCGAAAUAGCAGUUGUAAGUUGUUGCUGGCUAGCCAAGUUGUAGCAAAGUGACAGGUACGCAAGAAUUGCCACUGUUCUAAGUGACGUCAGGGGCUCCCCGCUGCAAAGGUCGCAGACAUGAUACAUCUGCCGUUAACUUCGCUUAAAUCUACGUUUAACCACAUUUAACUUUGGUUUCACAUUUACGGAUUCAAAUUUGAUCGUGAUGGGCAAUUGCUAGAUAGUAUACUUCAAAAUAAGAUUUCCGUUUUUAUUCUAUUUUUAAAAUAAGAUAGGGUUAGGUUAGGGUUUAGGUUAGGGUUAGGUUGGGGUUAGGUUUAGUAUUAGGGUUAGGGUUUAGUUUUGCCGUAGGAUAGUUUUUUCUACGUUAUAAAAACGGAAACCUUAUUUUGAAGUAUACUAUCUAGCAAUCACCGAUCGUGAUGUCGUGAUUGCUUUAUAUGGCUUUGAGUUCCCCAGAUUUCCCUAACCGUUCUUUGCUUAUAAUUCUAUAGGCUUCUAUUGAAGAUGCUGGAUUCACUUGUUAUCCAGGAAGCCACAAACUGCACACAGAAUUGUUCCAACGUAAUAAUGACUACGACACUACAAUGGAUUUUAAUACUAUAUCCAAGGAAGACCUACACUGGGUGGAGCGCGAUAAAGGUUUGGUACCCACUCGAAUCCCGGCUCCUAAAGGCAGCUUUACUAUAUUUGAUAGUAGAUUACUUCAUUGUACCGUUCCUGCCAAAGUACCCCGUGAGAAUCCAAGAUGGCGCUAUACAUUAUAUAUUUGUAUGACACCACGGGCGUGGGCUGACAAAAAUACACUGCAGGCUCGGGUUGAAGCUUUUAGAAAUCAGCGAAUGACAACGCAUUGGCCACAUCACGUGGGUUUAUUUCCAGAUGAUCUGGAUUUUCCAAUGUUGCCAAAAUUCGAGUUAGGUGAUGUUGGGGAAAAAUUAGUUGGCUUAAAGGAUUAUAGCGGAAAUCAACUGAUUUUAGAAGAGGGGAUUGUAUCUGACAGCGAUUUUACACCGCAUGAACGACCGGCUCUUUAACAAUGUAGUCAUUAAUAACUUUUUAUACUAGGUUGACAGAUAUUCUAAUAUGCAGCACUAACUAUUAAUAACUGUAUGUUCUUCACUGAGCGAGAGCUCCGGACUGUAGGAUAUUAGUCCAGUUCUUUUUUUCGACUACUUAACAAUUAGUCACCGAAGGCGUGGUGAUUACAAGC